CUCCCUCUCAACCCAGUCUGCCCAUCGGGCCUUAGCCCGGACGGCCCGUUCCCUCGGAGCCCUCAGGCUCAUGUCCUUCUCUGUCGGCUUCACCCGCUUCAUCAUCUCAAGCCACCCCGAAACCGCCAAGGAGAUACUGAGCAGCUCUGCUUUCGCCGACCGCCCGGUCAAGGAGUCGGCCUACGAGCUCCUGUUCCACCGGGCGAUGGGCUUCGCUCCUUUCGGCGAGUACUGGCGCAACCUCAGGAGGAUCUCUGCUACGUACUUGUUCAGCCCGAGGAGGGUCGGCGCGUUCGGGGACGACAGGAAACGGAUUGGGCUGAAAAUGGUGGAUGAGGUGAGGGAUUUGAUGGGGGGAGGUGGGGAGGUCGAGGUUAGGAGGGUGUUGCAUUUUGGGUCCUUGAGCAAUGUCAUGGCUAGUGUUUUCGGGAAAAGGUUCGAUUUCUGGAGAGGGGAAGGGUUGGAGGUCGAGGAAUUGGUGAGGGAGGGGUACGAGCUUCUUGGGUUGUUCAACUGGGGGGAUCACUUGCCAUUUUUGGGGUGGUUUGAUUUGUUUGGGGUUAGGAGGAGGUGCAGGUGUUUGGUGGGGAGAGUGAAUGCGUUUGUGGGGAGGAUUAUUGAAGAGCAUAGAGAGAGGAGGGUUGAUGACGGGGGUUUUGUUGAUGGAGAUUUUGUUGAUGUUUUGCUCGGUUUGGAGGAGGAGGAGGAGGAGGAGAGGCUCUCUGAUUCUGAUAUGAUUGCCAUUCUCUGGGAGAUGAUAUUUAGGGGGACUGAUACAGUGGCCAUCCUCUUGGAAUGGGUAAUGGCCAGACUGGUUCUUCAUCCUGAAAUCCAAUCCAGAGCCCAGUCUGAGAUCGAUUCAGUCGUCGGGUCCAGACCCGUUACUGACCCCGAUAUCGCCAACCUCCCUUACUUGCAAGCCAUUGUGAAAGAGACCUUGAGGGUUCACCCUCCAGGCCCUCUCCUCUCCUGGGCUCGUCUCGCUGUCCAUGAUGUUCAAGUUGCAAAUCACUUCAUUCCUGCGGGCACUACCGCGAUGGUCAACAUGUGGGCCAUCACCCACGACGAGAAGAUCUGGUCGAGGCCCGCUGACUUCGAUCCAGAGAGAUUCAUGGUGGAGCAGGUGAGCGUUUUGGGCUCGGACCUGAGACUGGCUCCGUUUGGAUCUGGGAGGAGAGUUUGCCCCGGGAAAGCAAUGGCCUUGGCCACCGUCCAUCUCUGGUUGGCUCAGAUGCUUCAGGGUUUUAAGUGGUUGCCUACCGAUAAUGGUGUUGAUUUGGAUGAAUGCUUGAAGAUGUCACUUGAGAUGAGGAACCCUUUGGUCUGUAGGGUUGUUCCAAGGUCAUGAUUUUAGUGUAAAACUUAGUAGAUUAUUAGGGGCUUGUUAAUGUUCUUGUGUGAUUGUGUGGAUUUUCAAUGUUUUUGUUUCUGUAUGUUUUGCUCUAUAUAUGGUGUGCAUGUACAUGUAAGAAA